UGUACACUGGAUAUGCACUAGCUGCUGAAGCGCAUUUGGGCCCAUAGUACCAGAUUAUACUCCUCACACUCGUGCACCCGUCCCGCACACGGCUAAGAACAGUUCCAGCAAGGAAAAAAAUAACACACACUGGACCCUUCUGUAAAGUUUGAUGACAACUUACCAGCAAGGAUUUAUGAAAACUAAACACCCUUUGGAAUAAUGAGCAGGAGGUUGAAAUUGCAAAGAGCCUCAGCUGAGCCGUGCAUAUUGGUUGGGAUAGGCACCCUGGAGUGACAACAUCUGGUUGUAAUUAAAAAGGAGAUAAAAAUGGGGAGAGACGUUGAUUAGUAGCUGAAAUAUUUUUUUUUUUUUUUUAGUGGUUUCUCCUGCAAACCCAGUGCAAAAGCCCUACAAAUGGACUAUGCCUAAGAACCACAGGGUUUAGUUUCUGAAAAGGACAAGACUACAGUGUGCAGUGUCUUCUGCAGGAGAUGAACAUAGAAGGUGGCUAAGGGAGAAGAGGAGGAGCCCCUCUGCCUGCAUUGCAAAGAUAUGGCUCAGAGAUCAUGGAGAAGAAUGAGGCUGAAGAGACCACCUGUGGCUGGAUUCUGCUUCUUGCUUGCCUUCUCUGUGGUGGCAUUUACUAGUUUUCCUCUACUGUUUCCAACUGAGUCCGAUUUCCAGUUCUUGGCACUAGCUGAGCCACAUGGGAAAGUCAUCCGGCCCAGGCGUCUGUGGACAAACACCACUGCCUCUGUCCCCCGGCGGGCCAGAAGCUUUGACCACAGAGAAUGGGAACACGCUCCCCCUGGCUCUGAUCAGGAAAGGCAAUCCUCACACCAUCCCCACUCUGCCUGCAAGCCAAAGAACCAGCCAAGCAGCCUGCGCCGACAAAACCACACACUGCUGAAAGGAAAGAGAAAGCACAAAGGAGAGAUUAGGAAACAUAACGUUGUGAAAAGCUCUGAAGCCAGCAGUAAAUUACAGCAUGAAAACAUUCCCUGCAGGACCAGUGGUGAGAAGAAAAGGGAGCUUAAUACUCAUUUUUCUCUAAAGAAUACAGGGAACAAUGUUCAUUUCUAUAAGCUGACAGGGAAAAAGGCAGAUAUGAAACCACAAAUGGAGGAGGCCCCUUUCUUUUCUCCUUCACUCAGCAAUAAAAGGAGUUUUCAGGAAGGAAAGCCAGAGUUUGUUUUACUUCUUAAGAACUCUUUUGCAAGCCAGCCAACUGUGGCACAGGACCAAUGCAAACCAGAUGUGCAGGCAGCUGGCGCUGAGCCGCAGCGUUCAGAUUCGAUUAAGGCCUUUAUCUCGGAAGCAGGUAGCAGGCUGCCCUUCAAAGGUGCAGCAGGCACGCAGAGACAGACAGGCAGUUACUCCCAGGGGCCUGGAGAGCCAGGAGCUCAUUUCUGGGUGGGUGUGGCCACGCAGUUACAGACAUCUGAAUGGUGUGUGAAGACUCCAGAAGAUGCCCUUUCUGCCAAAUGGGAGGGCCGCCUGAGUUUUGGUGAGAGGAUCCCACCUUGGUUUACUGCAGAUGAUGUGCAGAAGAUGAAAUGGCUGGCAAAUAGCGAAGUGGUGACCAAAACCAGAAUUCCUGCCCACGGACAAAUACUCAGAGUCAGCCUUUUAGCCAGCCAAGACACUUCCCCAUCUGACCCUAAACAAGACUGUUCCGAUGGGCUCUGUGGAUUAAUAAAGCGGCCCAGUGACCUCUAUGAGGUGCUAGCUUUCCACUUGGACAGAGUGUUGGGGCUGAAUAGGAGUCUGCCUGCAGUGGCCCGCAAAUUCAACAGUCCCCUGCUGCCCUACAAAUACACCAAUGGUGCCGCAAGGCCCAUCGUAUGCUGGGUGCCUGAUAUCCAGCACCUAGAUGAUGCCAACAAUGACCAGAACUCCUUUGCACUGGGGUGGUUACAGUACCAGUCUCUGCUGCAGCAGCGGUGUGGCAUGGCAGAUUCCAGGGCAGCCCUCGGAAUAGCUCCGUGUUUGAGUGUCCUGCACACAGAGUGGGCCAAACUGGCGCUCUUUGAUUUUCUCCUACAGGAUCCUUCCCCCAUCAUGGAGAUUUUCCUUCUCUUCUGUGUGUGGAUCAAGAGUGCUUAAUCUUCCAUCUGGAAAAUCAGAACCUGCUGCUAUGGGGGAUUAUUACAGUGUCUCUGAACAGAGAAUUGUGAGUUAUUAGGGGUAACUGAGAGGAAGAAGAGAUGGUUUAUAUGGGAGAUGGAGUCUUAUUUAUACACCUCAGGGGUAUUACUUAGCACUAUAGGCACAAGCAUUAGGGGAAAAAACUAUCUGAAAGGUUUUAAAAAAUCUCUGCUAAAAUAUGUGUUCCCAUUACUUUUUUUUUUUUUGGCAGAGCUUAACCAUUAAUCUUUAUAACCUCAAAGCAUGGCUGGCAGAAGGGGUCAAUCAUGACUAGAUUUAACAAAUCCAGUCAUGACUGGAAUAUUUUAUGUUAACAUUCAUAUUUAAAAUGAAUCUAGCAGGAAAUAAAAUAAGUGUUUAAAGAGCAAAAAAUGGAAAUUCUGGGAUCGGCUUUCUUGUGUGUGACUGUUACUUUAGAACUUACUAAUAAACACAUCCAGGUUUGAGUUAGUGGUGUUAUGGGGUGAAAUCCUGGCCCUAAUGAAAUCAGUGGGAAAAUUCUCUUGACUUCAAUGGGACCAGGACUUCACCCUUGGUGUUUUUACUUAAAAACCAUAUGGUCAAAUCCUCAGCUGGUGUAAAUCAGCAUAGAAGUCAGUGGAGAUACAUUGAUUUACACCAACUGUGUAAAUCAUUUUUAGCUUUUUCCAUUUUUCCAUUCUCUGCCUCCCUCAUUCCAAUACCACCACUUCCCAUCUCCCAGCCAUGAGCAUACGCUUGUGUGAUGUCAGGCCCUGAUAGUGAGUGUUAUUCUCCCCCCACCCCACCCCAGGAAAAAGCUGUCCAGCAUGGAUUCCUUCUUUGCUCUUUGAUUCGUAAUCCUCCACAACUCCAGAGUAGCAAUUUGUCUCUGGGCCAGGAGGCUUAGGAAAGUAACUCUCUUAUAGGAGAACACCAAUGCCCCUUUGUGGACUGAUUGCCAGCGCAACAUGUGAACAGCUACUGCCUCUUCUCCUGCGUAGAGAUAUGGCAGUUCUCAGAUUCAACCGCAGCAGUGAUGGGGAGACUACAGUGGGCCAUGGGCAUACCAGACAGAAACCAGACAGUAACUCAAAAAUACCAGGAAGAGAAAGAUUCGGGACAAGUUUAGUCUCUUUUCCACUUCCUUGCCCCGCCACUCAGAACACAUCAAGGGCCUGAUCCAGCUUCCAUUGGGAAAAUUGGGCUCCAUAGCAAAAAACUCAUUGGAUUCAAGGUGAAGAUUGGGCCCUAAAUGAAAAGGAUGAUGUUUGAGGGAGACUUUUACCUAAGGUGUAAGCAGACCAAAUGACAAAAACAAACCACAGAGUUUCUCAAUAGCUCCAAAGACAUCAUCACUAAUGGAAAAGUCCUAUCAAGCUAAAUAGGGAUGAAGCCAGCAGGAUAUUAUAGAAAUGUAACACAGUUCUUCAGAAAUGACUCAAAAACCCUAUAGGAUUUAAUAGAGAAUGAAAUCCUUUGAAUCCUGAACCAUUCUGUAGAAUUUUGGAGCAGGGAUAGAAUUCAGUAGUGAAUUCUAUAGGAUGAUCCAAAAAUUCCAUGCAAGGGUUAUCAUUCUGUAUUACGUUCUAUGGGUCUUUCCCCUAAUGGAGUGCCUCUGUUAUUUGCAGCCUCUCUAAUAUACAUUGGCUCCCAAAGGCCAGCUACACUGAUCAAAAUCCUUUAUGAACACCUCACAGAGACUCCUCCUAUUUUUCAUACUAUAUAUACCUAUCUCAUAGAACUGGAAGGGACCCUGAAAGGUUAUUGAGUCCAGCCCCCUGCCUUCCCUAGGCAGGACCAAGUACUGAUUUUUGCCUCAGAUCCCUAAGUAGUUCUGUCCCCUCAAGGACUGAACUCACAACCCUGGGUUUAGCAGGCCAAUGCGCAAACCACUGAGCUAUCUCUCCCUCCACUACUGAGCUAUCCCUGUAGCUCACUAACAUGAUUCAAAUCAUUCUCUAUGACCCUCUCUCCACAAGCAAAAAGUUUGCUGCCAAGAAAAAUCACCAGAAGAGAGAGCACAGUGUAUUGUGAACACUGCUGCUCACUCGCUGAGCAGUGCUGCUAGAACACCUCUGUUUCAGUUAUCUCCCAGUUUGGCAAUGUCUGCAGCAUUCAUCUCUUAGGUAGUGAUUUUUAGCUUUGAGUUGGCUGGUCACUUCACAUACCAUCUCUCUCUUGAUUUGGCUCAAUAAUACUGCCUUCGUCUACACUUUCCUGCCUCAACUGGCAACAUUGAUCUUACGGUAAACAUAGCAGGAAUCCAUCAAAAUACAAUAGGUUAAAUUAAUCCAAAUCCUAGUCCCUUUUGAUGUCAAUAGCAAAACUCCCAUUACCUUCAGUCAAGGUAGAAUUAGGCCCAAAUGACCCAGUUCCACAUGAUUAAAGUCUGCUAGGGAUGUCGUGAGAACCACGGGGCAUAGAGAUGUAUGAUCCUUACAUAGCAACCUUUCAUGCAAAACUCGGAUGGCACCACAGGAAAGAAACUGGCCACAUUUUGUCCAAAAUUUGAUAUAUGGGGUCCGAUUCUCAUUUCCACUGAGGCCCCUUUGCACUUCUCUGGCGGUGUAAAGGGGCUGGAAAAUGCAUGCAUACAUAAUGGGAGCCCUCAUUAAGGCCCCUUUAUGUUGCCAGAACAAUGUGAAGGAGCCUCAGGCCUGGUCUACACUAGGCGUUUAUGUCGAAGUUAGCGCCAUUACAUCGAAUUAACCCUGCACCCGUCCACACUGCGAUGCUAUUUAGUUCGACAUAGAGGUCUCUUUAAUUCGACUUCUGUACUCCUCCCCGACGAGGGGAGUAGCGCUAAAUUCGACAUGGCCAUGUCGAAUUAGGCUAGGUGUGGAUGGAAAUCGACGCUAAUAGCUCCGGGAGCUAUCCCACAGUGCACCACUCUGUUGACGCUCUGGACAGCAGUCCGAGCUCGGAUGCUCUGACCAGCCACACAGGAAAAGCCCCGGGAAAAUUUGAAUUUGAAUUCCUUUUCCUGUCUGGCCAGUUUGAAUCUCAUUUCCUGUCUGGACACCGUGGCGAUCACAGCAGCACUGGCAACGAUGCAGAGCUCUCCAGCAGUGAUGGCCGUGCAGUCUGUGAAUAGAAAGAGGGCCCCAGCAUGGACUGAUCGGGAAGUCUUGGAUCUCAUCGCUGUGUGG